ACACAAAGAAAGGUGUAGAUAUAGACAACAGGUUUUCUGAAAGUCUUGAGCUUAGUUUUUGAGUCUUUUUUUCUCUUUUGUUUUCGUGAGCCAAAAAUGGUUAAGUUAGCUUUCGGUAGCUUUGGUGAUUCUUUGAGUGUUGGGUCCUUCAAGGCUUAUUUGGCUGAAUUCAUUGCCACCUUGCUUUUUGUCUUUGCCGGUGUUGGAUCGGCUAUUGCUUAUGGUAAGCUCACGUCCGAUGCAGCUCUAGACCCACCAGGCCUUGUGGCCGUAGCCGUGGCUCAUGCAUUCGCCCUCUUUGUUGGGGUAUCCAUUGCAGCCAACAUAUCCGGUGGCCAUUUGAAUCCAGCCGUCACCUUUGGGCUAGCCGUUGGAGGCAACAUCACUAUCUUAACUGGUAUUUUCUAUUGGAUUGCCCAAUGCCUUGGCUCCAUCGUCGCUUGCCUUCUUCUCCUGUUUGUCACCAACGGAUUGAGCAUCCCAACCCACGGCGUUGCUUCAGGAAUGAACGCUCUGGAAGGCGUCGUGAUGGAGAUUGUCAUAACAUUUGCCCUAGUCUACACCGUAUAUGCCACGGCAGCCGACCCCAAGAAGGGUUCUCUAGGGAUAAUCGCACCCAUCGCAAUUGGAUUCAUCGUGGGUGCAAACAUUUUGGCCGCUGGUCCAUUCAGUGGUGGUUCAAUGAACCCAGCCCGUUCUUUUGGACCAGCUGUCGUCAGUGGGAACUUCUCUGAUAAUUGGAUCUAUUGGGUCGGCCCACUGAUCGGUGGAGGGUUGGCUGGGCUGAUUUAUGGUGACAUUUUCAUUGGGUCGUAUUCCCCAGCCCCGGCUUCUGAGGACUAUGCUUAGAACUAUUGUGGGCUUUGUUUUGUCUUAAAUGCUUUGAUUUCUUGCAUAUGGGAUUUGACUUUUGAGUGUUUACAUUAUCGAAAGAAAGGAGCUUGCACUUGUUAAUAAGGAAAUGUAAAUAAACCUAUUUGCCUUUAUGGAUCUUUUCCCUGCCAA